AUGGCUAAUGAGUCGGAUGCUCUUGAUGCCCUGGAAAAGGAAGCCAAGGAAUAUGACAAGGAUGCAGAAAUUGAUCGGAUUCUGAAAGCCUUCAGGCUUGAUGCCUAUGCCGUGCUAGACUUGCAACCUGGUGUUCCCGAAUCGGACAUCAAGAUCGUCUACCGCAAGAAAUCCCUGCUAAUCCAUCCGGACAAGACCAAGAACCCUCAGGCGCCUGAAGCAUUUGACCGGCUGAAGAAGGCACAAUUAGUGCUACUAGAUGAGAAGCAGCGGCAGCAUUUGGACGAGUGCAUUGCUGAUGCCCGACAGCUACUCAUUCGCGCACACAAAUACACAGUCGACUCGGAGGAGCUAAAGACCGAAGAGUUCAAGGUGGAAUGGCGCAAGAAGACCAUUGAAGUACUUGUGGAAGCUGAGGCUCGACGCAGACGGCAGAUGAAGGCCAAAAUGCAAGAAGAAGGGAGGGAGAAGGCGAAAGAAGAUGCCGAAUUUGAUGAGAGGAAGCGGAAGAGGGAGCACGAGAAGAAGUGGGAAGAGACACGUGAGCAGCGGAUAGGCAGCUGGCGGGAUUUCCAGAAGGGAGUCAAGAAGGGCGAGGAGCAGAAGAAGAAAAAGAAGAUGAAGGUCAUAGGAUGA